GGAGCGAGGGAGCGAGGGAGCGCGGCGCGGCCGCCGCGUGCGCGAGCCGGGGUUGCAGCCCAGCCGGGACUUUCCAGCCGGCGGCAGCCGCGGCCGCCGCCGGCUCUUCCCCGCCCCCCGCCAUGGGGCAACCCGGGGAGCUGGACGCUGCGGACCGCGGCGGAGGACGCGCCCGGCGCCCCUGAGCCGGCCGAGCGGCAGCGGACCGCGAGGUAAGGGACUCCACUACAGUAAUUAAAGAAGGAUAAGGUUGGCGUUGCUUCGCUUCUUUUUUUUAUUGAAGUCCUUCCUUCCCGAUCAAGCGUCCAUAUUUCACCUUAAAGCAUAUGACACAAAGAACUCCUCCUUGCUAAAAUGGAGUCCAGUAAGAAGAUGGACUCGCCUGGCACGCUGCAGACCAACCCGCCACUGAAGCUGCACGCUGACCGCAGUGCCGGGACACCGAUUUUUGUCCCUGAGCAAGGAGGCUACAAGGAGAAGUUUGUGAAGGCCGUGGAGGACAAGUACAAGUGUGAGAAGUGCCGCCUGGUGCUGUGCAGCCCGAAGCAGACCGAGUGUGGCCACCGCUUCUGCGAGAGCUGCAUGGCCUCUCUGCUGAGCUCUUCAAGUCCAAAAUGUACCGCGUGUCAAGAGAGCAUCAUUAAAGAUAAGGUGUUUAAGGAUAAUUGCUGCAAGAGAGAAAUUCUAGCUCUUCAGAUCUACUGUCGGAAUGAAAGCCGGGGUUGCGCAGAGCAGUUAACGCUGGGGCAUCUGUUGGUGCAUUUAAAAAAUGAUUGCCAGUUUGAAGAACUUCCAUGUGUGCGUGCUGACUGCAAAGAAAAGGUCUUGAGGAAAGACCUUCGAGACCAUGUGGAGAAGGCGUGUAAAUACCGGGAAGCCACCUGCAGCCACUGCAAGAGUCAGGUUCCGAUGAUCACGCUGCAGAAACAUGAAGACACGGACUGUCCCUGCGUGGUGGUGUCCUGCCCUCACAAGUGCAGCGUCCAGACUCUCCUGAGGAGCGAGUUGAGUGCACACUUGUCAGAGUGUGUCAAUGCCCCCAGCACCUGUAGUUUUAAGCGCUAUGGCUGCGUUUUUCAGGGGACAAACCAGCAGAUCAAGGCCCACGAGGCCAGCUCCGCCGUGCAGCACGUGAACCUGCUGAAGGAGUGGAGUAACUCGCUCGAGAAGAAGGUUUCCUUGCUACAGAAUGAAAGUGUAGAAAAAAACAAGAGCAUACAAAGUUUGCACAAUCAGAUAUGUAGCUUUGAAAUUGAAAUUGAGAGACAGAAGGAAAUGCUUCGAAAUAAUGAAUCCAAAAUCCUUCAUUUACAGCGAGUGAUAGACAGCCAAGCGGAGAAACUGAAGGAGCUGGACAAGGAGAUCCGGCCCUUCCGGCAGAACUGGGAGGAAGCAGACAGCAUGAAGAGCAGCGUGGAGUCCCUCCAGAACCGCGUGACCGAGUUGGAGAGCGUGGACAAGAGCGCGGGGCAGGUGGCUCGGAACACAGGCCUGCUGGAGUCCCAGCUGAGCCGGCACGACCAGAUGCUGAGCGUGCACGACAUCCGCCUGGCUGACAUGGACCUGCGCUUCCAGGUCCUGGAGACCGCCAGCUACAACGGCGUGCUCAUCUGGAAGAUUCGCGACUACAAGCGGCGGAAGCAGGAGGCAGUCAUGGGGAAGACACUGUCCCUCUACAGCCAGCCUUUCUACACCGGCUACUUUGGCUAUAAGAUGUGCGCCAGGGUCUACCUGAAUGGGGACGGGAUGGGAAAGGGGACGCACUUGUCGCUGUUUUUUGUCAUCAUGCGUGGAGAAUAUGACGCCCUGCUUCCUUGGCCGUUUAAGCAGAAAGUGACACUCAUGUUGAUGGAUCAGGGGUCCUCUCGGCGUCACCUGGGAGACGCGUUCAAGCCCGACCCCAACAGCAGCAGCUUCAAGAAGCCCACCGGAGAGAUGAAUAUCGCCUCUGGCUGCCCGGUCUUUGUGGCCCAAACUGUUCUAGAAAAUGGGACAUAUAUUAAAGAUGAUACAAUUUUUAUUAAAGUCAUAGUGGAUACUUCGGAUCUGCCCGAUCCCUGACGAGUAGCUGGGGAGGUGGAUUUAGCAGAAGGCAACUCCUCUGGGGGAUUUGAACCGGUCUGUCUUCACCGAGGUCCUCGCACUCAGAAAAGGACCUUGUGGGACGGAGGGAGCGGCAGAAGGCGGACGCGCGCCGGCGGGAGGAGCCACGCGUGAGCACACCCGACACGUUUUCUAACAGACUAGCCACACUUCACUCUGAAGAAUUAUUUAUCCUUCAACGAGAUAAAUAUUGCUGUCAGAGAAGGUUUUCAUUUUCAUUUUUAAAGAUCUAGUUAAUUAAGGUGGAAAACAUAUAUGCUAAACAAAAGAAACAUGAUUUUCUUCCUUAAACUUGAACACCACACACACACACACACGUGGGCAUAGCUGGACAUGUCAGCAUGUUAAGUAAAAGGAGAAUUUAUGAAAUAGUAAUGCAAUUCUGAUACCUUCUUUCUAAAAUUCAAGAGUGCAAUCUUGUUUCAAAUACAGUAUAUUGUCUAUUUUUAAGGCCUCAUCUGGUCUCUGUUUUACUAAUUUGUUUGUCAGAAGACCCUGAAGUAUACCUAGGUCUUUUUUUUUUUUUUUUUUUGAAAGUCUCUAAAUUCAGAAUCAUUUUUUAAUUUAAAGUUCUACAAAUAAUUGUUACUGCAAACAUUUUAUUUUAAAACAUUGAUAGACUGAUAUUUCUUGGAAGAAAAUAUAAAAUAUCAAACACUGGUUAUCACUUGUGAUAGGAAAGAGAAUAUUCAACCUGUCGUUAUUUCUCGUUAGAAAUGUAACCUUCAAUACCUGUCGUCGUCCAUGACACGACAUCACAAUUCUGAACGGAGCCUCGCUCAUGGAUGCUGUGCAUCAUUUUCAGAUUUCUGAUUGUUUUCACCCUAAAAUAGGGCAGCUGUUGAACUUUGGAGUUCUAAACAAAACCCUGUAGGUGUCUGGCUUCUGCCCCAUGUGUUUGGACGAGCUCUCUGUUGCUGACAGCACCGGCCUUCGGUCUCCACGCCAGGGGUGGGCAGGUGGCUGCCGGGGGAGGCCGCGGCCCGUGUCUCCAUCCCGCCAUCUUGCUGCUUGCCGGCGGCGGCCUCCGAAGGCAACCUUGUGGGUAGGGCUGGUGGCGUACGGUACAUGUGCCUUAGAUGUGACAUGCUGCUUCUCCACCCUGGGUUUGCGUUGAGCAUAAUUCUAGAAAGUGCUAGUUUAACCAGACUUUUCUCUCCACCACUAGAUCUUUGUCUCUACAAGGGCCCUCAGACACCUCUGCACCUGCUGAGGGGAGGCCGGCCUCCACCGUCGGCUUCUGGAGCCUCCGCUGCUUAAUAACCACAGAUUCCAAAUCUCUAGGCCCCACGAGCGAGCCGCCUGGUCCAAGUACGGCCUGGCCCCACCCCAAGGGAGGCAGGUGUGGAACAGAAGCCGAGCCUCUCCGUGUCCCCACCAGGGCCGUGGGCGCCCCACAGCCCGAAGCAGAACCCUCUGAGCAUUCCAGAGCCCGCUGCUCAGGGGCCUGCCCAGGCUGACUGACAGGCGCUCCUGACCCCCACCCCGGCGGGAAGGGUGGCCACGGGGCCCGUUGUCCCAGCCUGCGCCUGCCCGGACGGCAUUUUCUCAGCUCACUGUUUACUGUCUCUCUGUCCAACUGUGAUUGAAGCCUGGAGCCCGCCCCUGCACCCCUUUGCUAUGCACCACGCCUCAUGGUGCUCUUACCACUGAUGGGUGCUACACGCGACGGGUGCUUCUUAGGCAAACCGAUGUGUGCGAACCGCCGCACCUGUGCCACUCGCCCACAAGCCGCGCCCACGAUUGGCCAGCUGGGCCGCGUGCGCCAGACUGCCUGCCUCGGCUCUCCGUGGCCGCGCGGGGACAGCUCGGUGGGUGCCUGGUGGCCCACCUGUCUCUGGUGCUGCCAUCUGUCCUGGGUGUGCCUUCGCCCCAGUGCCUGCUGGAAGUGCCCUCCGUCGCACCCCUGUGCCCCGAGCUGCCGUGAGGGGCCCGCCGCACCUGUUCGCGGUCAAAGCUCUGUUGUUCUUAUCUGCCUUUCCUUUCCCUGCUCUCCUGGGAUUGCUUUGGGGGGAUGAGUGUCCCUGGUUCUGCCCUGUACGGGAGUCACGUGUUGCUGCUCGAAAAGGAGAGACUUCCUGCAGAAGCUGCAGAAACUGUUGUCUCAAAGGCGUCCCCACCUCAGGCCUGUCCCCUGGGCCUGUCCCUACCUGGCCUCGGGUGGUUUUCCUGAGACCAGGGAUGAACACCAGGGACGUCCCUGCAACUUCCCCCUCCCUCCACAAAAUGUACAGUAUUAGAUGUAGGAUACACAACAUCUUGGUGUGGUAAAAACAGUCUUCUCCCCUCUGGAUUCAAGUCCCACCGUGGCGCCAGAGGCAGCACUGUGUGUUGCUGGGACGUUGCCAAUAGCCCUUCCCAGGCAGAUGCCCCCACCCGAGGGUCCCACAGACGUAACUCGAGCUCAGGCGUCCUUGAGGAUGGGGCGGCCCGUGUCACACACUUCAUCCUCUUGUUUGGGUGUAUUGGGGUCUCUCUUCUGAGUGUGUCUUCCUCUCACGUGCUCCGCACUCCCGGCGGCGGGCAGGCCUCGCGGUCUCCACCCUCCGCUCCCGCACACCCUCGCUUGGCGCUCGCCGCCUGGGCCGGCUGGGGGCCAUGGUCUCCCUGCAGCUGAGGCCCGGUGGCCCCUCGGCAGCGGACAGCCUUCCCCGCGUCACAGGGCCCCGGCAGCGAGCGUGAAGGGGGUGCGCACACUGUGCUUGGGGGUGCUGCUGCUUUACCAAAAGUGACCAAACUCACAGCGGGACAGAACUGUUCAGUACUUUACAGAAACCGAGUCCUUUGUGUAUGAAGUAAGCCGGUGUGCUUCCCCGUCACCUUUGUAACAAAACAACAUCCCCUGUCCCCUUGCCUCGGCCUCGAGCAGUUUCUCCAGGACAUAGUGGCUCAUGCUGCUGCCGGACAUGCUGGGUGGCUGGCCUGGGCCCGGCUUACGUGAAGGGCACCGGUGCCUGUGACCAUUCUGAGCCAUGUGCAGGCUGUAGCCAGGCCUGGAAGCCUGACCUUCUGGUUCUAGGUCUAGUCCAGUGGAGCCUGCAGAGCUGGAAGUUGGGGUGUGUCUGUAAUGAUAUUGGGGCCAGGCUGUGAGUAGGGCCUUUCCAGCAGAGUUGGGCAUCUCCGUGAGGGGUGUGCACGUGGGGACCCUAUGGGGCCCUGACUUUGGGACCAGACAUGGCAGCCCCAGUGGGCUGGAGGGAGCCUGCGUGGCUCCGACGUAUGCCGGGAUUUUCAGCUUGCCGUGCUCCAGUGCCAGGUCGCCAGGUCAGGAUUUGUGUUAGUUCUAGGAGCCAUCAGGCAGGAAGGCGGUGCUGUCCGCUGAGUGUAAGCCUCGCCGGGGCCCCGGAGGAAGGCCUGGACCCACAGAUGUGUGUUCCCUGUGCAGGUGGGCAGAGGGGCCCUCGUGGCCCAGGCUGCGGCCCCUGCCCGUCACCCCUUCCUUCCCAGAGCAGCCUCUGCCGAUGGACAGCACCUCUGUCCCUUUGAUGCCACAACAGCUAGUUGAAUGGGGAGCCCUUUGCUCAGGCAGUGUCUCCUGCCUCUCUCUCCUUUCUCCUUCCCUGCCCUGUCCUCAUUCCCUUCUUGGCCUGUGGCACUGGGGAGCCGUGGUGUGGCGUGCUGGGGCUCCCGCGCCUCGGGCCACUUCCUCGGCCAGGGCCUGGCCAGCCCGCCACCCACCAGGGCUCUGCUGCACUGGCUGUGGCAGGAGGCUUCCCCCUUGACCCCAUUUGACCCCAUGUGGCCCAGCUCGGUGAGGAGGCAGUUCCAGGCACAGUCUCCCGGGCCAGCCUGCUGCCUCCUAGACCACCUGAGCCUGCACCAAGGCCCUCAGUCACCCUGGGCCAGGGGCCAUGUGUCCCAUGUAUGUCGGCCAUGCCAGUGUCACAUUCCAGUCCCCCUUUUGCUCAGUGGCUGCUGGUGGUAGUCACCAUGGUGGAUCCAUGUCCCAGCCAGAGGUGAUGUAGGACAAAGGAAGGGGGGUCUGGACAGGUCCUUAACCACUCUGUCCCAAGCGGGGUCAUUCCUUGUCAGCCCAUGGGAAGGCCAGGGAGUGCUGGGCUGACACCUUUCUCCUCUGCACAGGGAGGACUGGCACGAGGAGAGCCCCUGUGCCCAGCCCUGGCAGGGGGGCAGUCUGCUGUCUCCAUGGGUGUCGCAGGGUUGGGCAGGCACAGCCUCCCCUGUGGGCCCCUCCCUCGAUCCCCAGCCCCUCCAGACUCAUCCCUCCACUGGGGGUCAUUUGUGCACCAAAAAGGCUCCGGCAGAGCUGUAAAAUCGUGUUUUUAAAUUUUAGUCCAGAUCUUAUUAGACUGCAGAAGGAGAGCUAGGAGAGCUUGGGAGCCCCUUCGCUUUUGUGUCUGUGAGAUGAAUGAGGGUCUCUCACCCAAAUCUACUUCUCAGCCAUGACCAUGUUCUGUUUUCCAUUUGCAAAUCUCAGCCGCUCUGUUUUCUCCCAAGUAGAAAGUGCCCACAGUGGCCCAGGCCAGGCAAGGUCAGUGUCAGCCAGCGACCUGGUCACGAUGGCUGCCUCGCCCCGGCUGGUGCUGAUGGUCACAGGCUUGGUGGGAUCAGGACGCCGGGCCGGCAGGUGGGGCCGGGAGCUUGUUGCAAAGAUGGUUUCCACCCAACCCGGGCGUGCCCCACUCGGGGCUGCAGGGCAGACGUGAGGAGCCUCGGUCGCCGCAUGGCCGGCUGGUAUGCAGGUGAGGAGGUGCUGGGGGCCGAGCAGAGCCCGCAUUUCAUUUCUCCUGCUGCACUGUGUCUAGUCUGUCUCGUGAACUCACCGUGAAAAAGAGGCUGGAAGUCCAGGAUCGCUGUACCACUCCUGUUAUUAGGUGAUGAUUGGUUUUUACAACUUAGUCCCCUCAGACAAGUAAGACACCCUUCCACAGCAAAUUACAUGACUUAAUUGGAAAACACACAACCCGGCAUUGUCUCCAGUGGUUUCUAUAAGAAAUGCCUGUAGGAGGAGGUGUGAAGUGUGGAGGGCAGGGGCGGCUCUUCCCAGCCCUAUCACCUAAAAACAAAGACCAAAGAAGGCCAAUCUCACAUUCGACCCUGUAUUUUUAAUCUGCCUGUUUUAACACUCGCGUCUGUAGUAAGCGCUUACGUGAGGACACACCUUGGCAGUCCAAGUGAUCGCGACCAGUGAUUCGGGUCCCGUUUUUCUGCUCUUCUAAGAAAAAACAACAAGACCGUCAGUUAUUGCCCCAGCAAUAAUCAUGUUGUUACUGUGAGCUAGCAACAUGCCUGACUUUCUGAUAGCAUUACUGUUUUAUAUUUUUGUUUACUGUAUAUUAUGUGUGGUUUUAUUUGGUAUUUAUUUGUGUUUUGAGGUCUUGCAAUGUUUUUGUGUUUCUGAUGCUAAUAACUAAAGUUUGUAAGACUGUAGAAUGCGAAACUCGGAAAUGCUAAACUGUCUUAUUAGAGGAAAAUAAACCUGAUUACGGAGUCUCA